GGACUCGUGCCUACUACAUAGUUGCAUUCUCGAGUAGUCUACACUAAAUACAGAAAUGGAUUUACAUUUCAUUUUAAUAUUGUGCUUGAGUGUUUGUGGACUGUGCUCUGCAUUCUUUCUAUUUAAAGACAAGGGGAAGCCACUAAUAUUUUGUUUCAAAAUAUGCCCUCUGUACUGUUCUAAACAUGCUACCAAGAGAUACGAUCAUGAUGAAUCUUUUCUAACUUAUCUGCACGACAACUCGUAUGCGACCGCAGAAGUAUUCGCGAAACACGAUUUCGCCCAUUGGAGUUCAAUAACUAAAUCGACCAAUGCACCGACUACUAGUACUACCACAAAAAAGCCCACAUAUCUGGAUUACAACCCAUAUUUUGUUGACGAUGGAUCUGGAGAUUUUGACCACUUUCCACAUCAUUAUUAUGCACACUGGAAUCUAAAAACGCAGAAAACGACUACCACUGAAGCAUCUAAAACGACAAUUGAGCCAUCCAUCUACCUAGAUCACAAUCCAUAUUUCAUCGACGCGCCUGAGAUAUACGACUAUCAUCCCGCACCUCAUUUUUGGAAACCCAAACCAACAACAACAACAACCACUACAACAACAACAGAAAAAACACCGAUUUAUUUAGACCACAAUCCAUACCUUAUCUGGCCCGAUUAUGAUAACUAUCCAAGUCAUUAUGGAUGGAAACCAAAACCAACCACCACUGCAGCUCCUACUACAACCGAAGAACCUACUUUUAUUUGUCAGGUCUGUAAAGAAAAAUGUGGAGAUAAAUUUUCUUAAUAAUU